CAAAGGGAAGUGUCUAAAGAGGGGGGAAAGAAGAAGAAACACAGAUAGAAAGAUAGCAAGCAUAAGGUCAGAAGCAAAGAGGAAAGAGAAGAGAAUAAUUGCCAGGGAAUUAGAAAGACAAUGGAGCCAGAUGGACAGACUGGGAAAAGACAAAGGGGACAAUUAUAAAGAGGCAGAAGAACCAAACGACAGGCAGUAAAUAAAAUGGUUGGGGAUAUAGAGAAUAUUUGCAGGGAUCUAAAUUUAACUGUGGCCAUUUGAGUGGAGAAGUGCAAAUAGGGACUUGUUCAACUCUGGGCAAGUGGAAAGCAGACUGAGGUCAGAGUCAGUGAGGAACCUGGAAGGUGAUACAACGAGAUUCACAGCACAUGGAGGCAGACUGAGCCGAGGCACAAGCAGCAAAGUUAGGGAGCAAAAGUCUGAAGAAGAGAGACAGGUUUUAAAUAAGGAGUUUUGAGGAGAUUGGAGCAGCUCAACCAACAAGCUGUGAGAAGAGCGUGGAUUGUUACCCUGAGGACUGAUAAGAGAUUAUAGUGCUAAUACUAAGUUAACGCAGAGACUUAUUGAAGCUCAAUACUGCUAUUAACGUCUUGCCACUGAUGCAAAGAAACAGGUAUUUCAGUGUGGAAACAUCAAGAGAAGUAAGGCUCUCACCGCUGGCACCACUCAGAUUGCAUAGCAUCCCUGAAAGAAUCGUUUCUAGACGACAACAAGGAAUUGAGAUAUCGGCAUUCUGUACCUAAAACCAAAGACUGGCAAAUCAAGAUCACAUAAAUAAGGGUACUUUUCAUAAAAAAGUACUAUAUUAAAUCUCAGCUCUAUUUUAUUUGUAGCACUGAUCUUAUUUUACAGCGAACUUCCGUACAAGUAUUGGAGUAUUGCAAAAUUCAGACUUUAGAUUGAAGUGCAUUCACCAUUUCAGAAAAUGAGCAUGGACAUGUGAGAUGUUGCCAUGUCUCCAGUUGGGUCUCAGAUUGUCGCCCUGGGAGGGCCUUAGCUGAGGAGCGGCUUUUGCUACAGAGAAAAUAGAUUCUCCUCUUGUAUCAGCGAGCAGGAAUUCCCAACAUUUGUCAUGGAUACUAUUCGUAGCAGUAGGUACAGCAUUGUGUCAACUGAUGAGGAAGGUCUUCACAUGCCGUCUUUGGGUCUUAACGGUAACUGGACAUCUUCUCUCCACCAUCCCCACUCACGGCGAAAACAGCGCAACCGUUUUGUAAAAAAGAAUGGUCAGUGCAAUGUCUACUUUGCUAACCUUAGCAACAAGUCACAGCGUUACAUGGCAGAUAUCUUCACUACCUGUGUAGACACCCGUUGGCGUUACAUGCUGCUCAUCUUCUCUGCCACUUUCUUGGCCUCCUGGCUAGUCUUUGCCUUCCUUUUCUGGUGCAUUGCUUUCCUGCAUGGGGAUCUGGGCACUAGCAGUGGAGUGAUAGGUGGAGGUAGGCAAGGACCACUAAAGCCAUGUCUGAUGCAUGUCAACAGUUUUGUGGAAGCAUUUCUCUUUUCUGUAGAAACACAGACUACUAUAGGUUAUGGAUUUCGUUACGUAACAGAAGAAUGCCCAUUAGCCAUUCUUGCUGUUGUGGCUCAGUCAAUACUUGGAUGCCUGAUUGACUCCUUCAUGAUUGGAACAAUAAUGGCAAAAAUGGCUCGACCUAAGAAGAGGGCUCAGACAUUGCUAUUCAGUCACCAUGCUGUCAUUGCACUAAGAGACGGUAAGCUCUGCUUAAUGUGGAGGGUAGGUAACCUCCGUAAAAGCCACAUUGUGGAAGCUCAUGUGCGGGCACAACUGGUUCGACCCUAUGUUACCCAAGAAGGUGAAUAUCUACCUGUGAAUCAACGAGACCUAAAUGUAGGAUAUGACAGUGGUUUAGACCGCAUCUUUUUAGUCUCACCCAUUAUUAUUGUUCAUGAGAUUGAUGAGGAAAGCCCAUUCUAUACAAUGGGUAAAGAGCAGCUGGAGGGAGAGGACUUUGAGAUUGUUGUCAUUUUGGAAGGUAUGGUUGAAGCCACAGCUAUGACCACUCAAGCCCGCAGCUCCUAUCUAGCUAGUGAGAUACGCUGGGGACAACGUUUUGAGCCUGUAGUAUUUGAGGAGAAAAAUCACUACAAAGUGGACUAUUCCCAUUUCCAUAAGACCUACCAAGUUCCAGGUACUCCUGUAUGCAGUGCUCGGGAACUGCACGAAAGUCGCAUUACCGUAUUACCUUCUCCGAGCGCCUUUUGCUAUGAGAAUGAACUAGCUCUUUUGAGCCAAGAAGAAGAUGAAGAUGAAGAAGCAGUUGGUGGUGUGCCAGAUGAAGGCGUGUUACAUGUCAUGGGAAGUCACAUGGAGCUAGACCGUCUCCAGGCCUCAAUGGCAUUAGAUAAUAUUUCCUAUCGAAGGGAGUCAGCCAUAUGAUGCCAGAGAUCAUUUAUGGAAGCUUCCUUACCAGUGCUGACAUGACUUUCUUAUUCCUGUGCCAUGCAGAGUGUUUUAAUAAAUUUGUCUGUCUGCAGACUACGACCCUA